AUGUUUGACUCAGCCGAUGCAUAUAUGGUGAUUCCACUGAGGAUGUUUGUGGGAGUCUUGAUCAUGCUGGUCCUGUCUCUGCCGAACCCCUGUGGGUCACUGCAUCCAUGUGGGCCUGCUGAGUAUGAAGUAUUGGGGCAGUGCUGUCCCAUGUGUAACCCUGGUUAUCGUGUGCACAGACACUGCACUGAGUACACCAGCACCACAUGUGCUCCAUGCCCCCAGUCUAGCUACACAGAAGCACACAAUGGGCUGGAAUCAUGCAGGACGUGUGCAGUUUGCGACUCAAGUGCAGGUGUGAGAGUGAAGAAGAAUUGUACCAACAUCUCAGACACACUCUGUGAGCCUCUGGAGGGACACUACUGCACUGACCCAAUCAAAGAUGACUGCCAAGGAGCAGUGGAACACACAAAGUGCAAACCAGGGCAGUACAUCAAACUGCCAGGAUCAGCAUCCUCAGAUACUGUGUGCAGUGACUGCAACAGUAACACAUACUCAGACGGGUCAUCCCCAUCCUGCAUCCCACACACACAGUGUAGACCAGGCUAUGACGUGGUUAAGUCCGGGAGCUCAGCAUCUGAUAUUGAAUGCCAAAGGACAUCUGGUGCUGUGGGUUUUUGUGCCAGUGUCAUUGCCUUGCUGUUUCUUACUGCUGUGCCACUGACUGUCUGGAAGAUAGAACAAGGUGACCUUAACCUUAAUUAUGCCAAAUUGCAUCCCUUCAUCUUCUUUCAAAAAAGAAUGGAAAAAAGGAUUCUGCUCAUUAUUCAAACAUUACAUACAAACAGUGCACUUUAG